GCCCGAGUAUCAAAUAAACUCCUUGGUUGCUUUAAGCAGCAGAAAGAGAACUAGGUGCCUGAAAAAGCUAGCGAAAGGUUGCUUUUAUCUGGGUCUGAUUUCACAGUCUGAAAGAACUCUCCAGCUUUUGAUAUUAGCAUAAAUUCCAUCUUUCAAUUGGAUCCUGGUUUCAAGGGUAUGGCUCACAAGGAUUUAAAAAGAAAAAUGAAAAAGCUGAUGAUGGGUUGGAUUUAAUGGAAGUUGUUUUUGGAGAUUUGUAGUGUUUUUCUUCAACAAAGUCCUGCUUUACAGGUCUCAGCAAAGGAAGGAAGGAAAGUAGAAGAGAAGAAGGGACAGGCUCAUGAAUAGCUGUUUUUUUUUUUUUUUGGUGGGUGUUGAUGAUGAGGAGAGAUGGGCCAGAUUGUCGAAAUGACAGCUUUGUUGGACUUUUCAAAGGUAGAGAUUACUGAAAUGUUUUAUAUAGGAUGAUGACGAUGAUGUUGAUGACUUUUUAUUAGUUUUUGGUAUGUUUGGCCUUUUGGUUAGUGGUUUUUUUUUAUUUUUUUUUACCCUCUUUGUGAAAUUUGGUUUUUAAAUUCAAGCCUUUUUUUUUUCAUUCCUUUUUAACUUUUUAAUUUUAAUUUUUUCCACUAUGGAAAAAGCUGUAAUUUUUCUGGGUCUUCUUUGAUUAGAAUGCCAACGCUCUGGAUUUAUUGGUCCGCCUUAUAACGGUUCUCCCCGGCGCACGUUAGACAUCUCCCAUGGGCUCUGCUAUAAUGCGCUGCGGCGGGAGCUAGCCGCUGGGCGGGAGUCACGUUUUGCCCAUGAUCUGGCGGUUGGAGCGUGUGGUGGAGUUAAGAUCACUGGCGAAAAUUUGUUUUGACUGCGAGUCGGUUAAAUCAUGGUUUUAGUCCAAUGGGUCUGACCAUGUGACUCAGGCCAACCGCGUGAUCUCACACCCGGAGCGCACGCUAGAUCAUGUCCUGGUUUUAUGAGAAAUGGGAGUGGGGCCGCUUGCAAAAGAAUCCGGGCCGUAUGACAGCGAAAAACCACUGUUGUGUCGUGGGCGAAGGACUUCUCUUUUCCUUUUCGAACAGAUCAGCUUUUGUACUGUCUCUCCUCUCUUCUCUGAAAACCAGGGAAAUAUGAAAACACCCAUGAUUUUCUGCAGCUUUUCUAUUAUGAAAUCUGUCAUGCAAUUGAUCCUGCACACACACGUGUGAGCUGCAUGCUUUUGGCGAUACUGGGCCAUGAAAGGUGGGUAACGUACGCACCCACCAAGACAAAAAGACAAGGAAGUCAUUGUUUCACUUUGAUUUUUUUCCGGAAGAUAUGAUUUUCCUCAUAAAAUAGCCGCUUUCUUUCAAUUUCGUGAAGAUGGGUUCUUUUUUCUUUUCCUUUCUUUUCUGAAAUUCUACAGGUCAAUUCAUUUUCUUAUUGCAGUUAGGAGAAUUUCAUGAUUCCCUGUCCUCCAAACACCCACCAUGAUUUCGAAAAAUCAUGGUUCUGCACGUGGGUAUGAUGAAUUUCUGUGAUGGGUUUUGCUUGGUUUUGUUUUCUAUUUGAAUUUCUAUCACUUCUCUCCUUCGUCAUUGUGUGAGGAAGAAGAGGAGGAAGAAGAAAUUUGCUGAAUGAUGGAUGAGAAGAUGGUCUCUGUUUGGCGCGAAUUUGCUUCCGAAGAGAGAAAUGAUGGUGUUUAUCCUAUGUAUUUCGGUGUUUCGUGUGCGUUCGCUGCUCUCCAUUUCAUUCAGAAUGCAGAAGGACCUGUUGUCGAUGGUGGUCGAUGGUCGGCAGUCGUUGAUUUGAUGCUUCAAGGCAGUGCCCAGCUUCUAGGAUUGCUUGUUUGGAAAGCUCAGCAGGGAGAAUCAAUGGAAGGAAGGGCGGAGCUUUUGAACAAGCUCAAGAAAGCCGAGUCGGAGGUUGUGGAGUUGAAGAAAAGGAGAAGUGAAGACGCAAAGGCCAAUGAGAAGGUCGUGGGCAUCUUCGCCACGCAAGAACAGAGCUGGAUUGGUGAAAGAAAGAGGCUUCGGCAGCAGAUUCAAGCUCUUUUGCAUAAUUCACAGAUUCUUGAGAAAAGGAGGGAAGAAACUAUAUCGAAUUUGAAUCAGAGAGUCGAGAAGGAGGAAAAUCUGAUACGGUCUAAAGACAAUGCCUUGGAGGAAGAAGAGAAGAAAAGGGGAGAGUUGGAAGAGAAGCUACGAAUGGCAGAAGCAGCUGCGGAGGAAUUGAGAGAGACCGUGAAGAAAGAGUCCCAAGAGCAUUCAUCUGAGCUCUGGAGGCAUAAGACUGCCUUCAUUGAGCUUGUUUCUAACCAACGCCAGCUGGAAGCUGAGAUGAGCCGUGCUCUUCAGCAGGUUGAAGUGAUGAAGCAAGAGCUUGAUGCCGUCUUCGAGCAGAAGGAAGAGUCGGUCAGGAUGGUUCAAAAGCUUUCCAUCGAGAUCAUCAAGUUGCAGAAGGAUUCAGAACAGAAGGACAAGAUCCUAUCAGCUUUGCUGAGGAAGAGUAAGCUAGAUACGGCAGAGAAACAGAUGCUGCUGAAGGAGGUGAAGAUAUCUAAGGCAAGGCGGAAGCAGGCCGAGCUCGAGACUGAAAGAUGGAAGUCGCGUUACCAAUCAAGGCAUGAUAGGCAUCUCAGAAGUGAUUUGGCCAACAGAGGGAGUUUGAGAUCGGAGAUGCUUUCGGAGAUGAAAGGAUUGAAUUUAGUUGAGGCGGGGUGUUCACAAAACAUUAGGACAGAAUUACAGCCUAACUAUGGUGGGAAUUCUAAAACUCAUGCUGUCGACUACUUGAAAUCUGAGGAUGGGAAUGAGCUUGCGUGCAUUAUGCCGAAGGCAAUGAACAAUGCAACAGGCAACUGUUUCCACCGAUACUCGCCAGAAGGAAAUGGAGAAAUUGCCGACGCUAAGCAAUUGGAAGAUUGGGUUCGGCUGGAAACAGAGAAGUACAUAUCUGUUCUCGAGCAGAAGCAUUCUGUGGAAAUAGAUGCAUUCAUAGAACAGAUGAGGCUCAAAGACGAGAAGCUAGAAGCUUUCCGUUGGCAGUUACUGAGCAUGGAACUAGAAUCGAAGCGGCUGCAAUCUCAUGUUGAAGAACUCGACGAGAAUCUGUUGCAGUUCAGAGAAGAUAAUAUGAAACUGGAAGCCAUGUUACUAGACAAGGAAAGGGAAUUGAAAUCCUUGAUAGAGACAUUCAGUCGCAGGCCUACUUCGAACUACUCUACAAAACCUCCAGCAGUUGUCCCAGAAACCUUGUGGUCUGAAGUGAAGAUUAUAAGGAGGAAACAAAGGGGGAGAGAGCAAGAACAAAGGGCUGUAUGGAUUGAUUCCACACCACCAUCCGAUCAAUCCAAAGACCACGCCAUUGUGGGAAUUUAUGGAGAAUCUGUGGAAGAUCUUGAAAGACGAGAGAACCUAAUUGAAGACCAACCGCAAGAUAUGAGCCUGGCGGUCCAUGCUCUUGAAGAAGAGAUCGUAGAAGAAAAGGAGGUUGGCAUGGAUCCGGGCCAUCUUCCAGGAGGAUGCCUGGGGAAUGAUGGCCAGGAGGAAGCUGAGGUUGUCAAUGAGCUAGCAACGGGCAGGAAUUGUUUGGUUAGGAAGGACACUCAAUGGAAGAUGGAUCUCCAUGCACUUGGAGUUUCUUACAGGAUCAAAAGACUGAAACAGCAGCUCCUGCUGCUCGAAAAGCUGGCCGCAGCACAAGCUGUCAAGAAGAAGACACUGAAAAACAAUGGAAUUGAUGCGUCGGAAAGCUGUGAAAAGCAGAAGAUCAAUGAGCAUGGGCCGCAGACGAAAGGCUUCCUUCUGAUCAUGUCUUUGCUCAAUAAACAAGUGAAAAGAUACCAGUCCCUUGAGGAGAAGACCAACGAUAUAUGCAAGCGGAUGCAUGAGAAUGAUGUGGAGGGCAGUGAUAGAGAUUCCGGUAAUGGAAGGACAAGGGAGCAGAAGCAGACGCUGGAGUGUUUCCUUGAAGAAACAUUCCAACUACAAAGAUAUAUGGUUGCAACUGGGCAGAAAUUGGUGGAGAUACAAUCCAGGAUCUCAUGCGGUUUUGGCAGCGUUGAAGGGCUCAAUGAAUCUGCCGGCUUCAAUAUGCAGCAAUUCUCUGAGAGUGUUGGGACUCUCUUCCGAGAAACACAGAGAGGUUUGGAAGUCAGGAUAGCUCGGAUAAUUGGUGAUCUUGAGGGGACGCUGGCUUCCCAAGGAAUUCUACAUUUGAGAAAGUAGUUACAUUGAAAAAAGAAAAAAAUAAUCCAUUUUCAUGAUAACAAAAAGGAGGCUUUUCUGUCAAAUGUAUUUGGUAACCACAGUAGACUGAUUUGUUUGGAUGUACUCUCAUUUCAGUGAUUUUAUACGGUUGAGUUUGUAAAGAAGGGCUAGUCCCGAUAUGUUAUAAAUGCAGUUUUUGUUUUUA